AUGUCCAUCACAACCCCCGCCGUCCGCGUCCGUCUCGUCCGUGGAAGCGGCACGAAGAAGCUCGUGGCGCUGAAGAAGAUGGUGUCCUUAGACAUGCGAGACGAAGGUAUCUUCAUCGCGGGACAAAAGAUGGCGCAUCCCCGACAAAUCUCCCACCGACGGCGGCUCUUGAAGUUCUAUUUUGAAGGCUGCCUCGAAACCACGAUCCAAUUUCCAACAGAAGAUGACCUUCUGCAUUGGGUCGACCAUCUCCACAACGCCAUUCCGUCGCUCCCGAUUCAAACUGCGGCGUCCAGUGCAAUCGACCUAUCAUCUUCUCCCACGGCUGCAUCAUCGACGACCGAUGCACUCGCGACCCAAUACCUACGUGACGAAAUAUUUCGUGCGUCCGUGCAUCGAAUCCAUCGAUGGAUCGACGAUGCGACUGCCGGCAAUUCAUAA